ACUAUGAAUAAUGUGUGUAUGGCAUAUAGCUUUAUUUCAUUUAUUUUGCAUGGUAUUCCUAAUAAUCAAACUGAAUGGGAUAUUGUACGAUAUCCAUAUAAAUCAGUUUAUGGAUUACCAAAAUCAUUGAAUUGUGAUGAAUCAAUUAGAAAUAGUUUUUAUGAAUGUGAAAAAUCAUCACAUCAUACUUGGAAAAUCACCGUUGAUGAUUAUUUUUAUGAAACAAAGGAACUUUGCUGUUUCAUUAUGGAAACGAUGAAUUGUGAAUCGAAUGUUGCAAAAAAAUGUAAUGAACAAUAUUCGAAAAAAUUAGAAUCAAAUACAAGAGAUACAUUUAAAAAAGUAUGUGAUAAAAUUGUUGGUUCUAAUUAUGGUUGGCAUUGUUGGUGGACAGAAGAAAGACAAAUUAAAGCUGGUAUUGUAGCUUCAAUAAUUGUUUUGGCUAUUAUAGUGAUCUGUGCAUACACUGGAUAUCGAAUUUAUAAUGAUAAAAAAAUUACUAAAUCACCUAAUCCUAUGGGUCCAGAAAAAGUUGAAUUACCACCAACAACAACAAAUAUUAAACCAAAAAGUAUAAAGACAAUUCAAAGAGAAAUAAUGAAUGAUUUAUAUCCAAUGUCAAUUGAAACACCACCGCCAACACCACCACCAACAUCAUUAUCAUCAUCAACAGCAUUUCAAUUUUCAUCGAAUAAUUUCGACAAUAUUAUUGAUCAAACUAAUAUAGCAAAUAAUAUUUCUCAAAUAUGGAUAAAUUGAAUAUUACCUAAAACCAAA